ACCUCCAGAACAACGAGGAGUGUGAGCGACAGGCACGUGCAGACUUUGAGCCUUGUGUGGCCAGAAAGGUCCAGUACUUCCAGACACAGAUGAUCGCCAUGGAGGGGGAGAUGACGCACGUGCCGCACUCACAGAGGAUAGAGGCUACCAUGAGGCUGGGAUGCUCUUUCACACAAGACAUCACAGACUGUCUGAGAGAUCCCUACAGCAAGUACUGCCCCGAACACAUGACCAAUCUGCUCCUGGAUGUGGUACAGAACUUCAUGCCCCCGGCCUGUGUGGGUAUGGGCUACGAAGACAAGUCCUACCCGUACCCACAGGGGGACUACGACCCGGAUGAUGAUGAUGAGGACUACGGCGACAACCGCCACGACUUCACCCACACUGACAUCGUCAUCGGCAGUGGUAAAGAAUCUCCCAGUGGCGACGCAGAUGAUGAUGAUGAUGUCAGAAACAGUUACGAAGACAGGGAAUCAAACGUGAAACAGCCGAACCCGGGAUAUCGUGUGAACAAACCCUCUUCUGGAAAUGAAGGGGUUAUCGGAGCUGCGAGGUCAGAGGGCAAAGGUGAUGAUGACGAUGAGAAUGGUCAAGGUCGUGUGGUUAUGGAUGUGCCCACGUUCUUUGUAUUCAUCACUUUGUGCGUUCUCUCUAUCUCCAGUUUAUCGUGGAUGUGUUGAGAGGAGGUGCUGACAGUGAGAAUCUUUGGUCUCUCUCCAUCAGUAAAUGCUAGCAGACAGGAAGGUUAUUGAUUUUUGUUAACUUUGAAUUUUGCCAAUUUAUCGCCCCCCCCCCCCCCCCCUCCC